AUGAUCGGUACCACCACUGACGAGCCAAUUCACGUGCUCGAUCUGCCCCAGAUCUACCGGAAGCCCUCGGGGACCGAUCUCCUCAAGGCACUUGCCUUGUUGGCUUUGCAGCCGCGCACUUUCGGUACCAGUGCGGAGGCUGUCAAGGGCCCCUCGGUCCAGCCGGCGGGGGUGACGAGGUAUCUCACCCAGAUCAUCUCCAGCCCGCUGUCAUGGCUGGAGACGGAUGAAUUGCGUGAGGCUGUGUGGGACGCUGCGGGAGCUCGUCUGAGUGAACGGUCUGGUCGUACUGCCAUGCCGGCCAUGUCGCGCAUCUUCAGCAUUCCCACGUCUUCCGGUGACGACUAUACGCUCACUUUGCACGAACCAUCUCUCACCUCUGACAACCUGGGCAUGAAAACUUGGGUGUCAUCCUACCUCCUAUCCCGCCGACUGCACAAACUGCUCGAGUCUCCGCCCGAACUCGUCCCCGCUGGUUCGACUGAUCCCUCGACCACAUCAUCCCAGGAAAAGAAGCCACUUCGAGCUCUUGAACUGGGUUCUGGAACCGGCCUCGUUGGCUUGUCCUUUGCGGCGUUAAAGGGCAAAUCAGCCACGGUUCACUUGACCGAUCUCCCAGAGAUCGUGCCAAACUUGGCCCACAAUGCCGCUCUGAACGCUGAGCUGCUCAACAAGACUGAGGCUAACGUGACCACCGGCGUACUAGAUUGGUCCGUGAUGCCCACACCGCUGCCCACCGCAGAAGAGCGAUUUGAUGUGAUCCUCGCCGCCGAUCCGUUGUACUCACCCAACCACCCCAAAUGGUUGGUGGACACGAUUGCGCCAUGGUUGAGUAAGGGUUUGGACGCCCGUGUUGUUGCAGAGAUGCCGCUGCGCGAUGCAUAUCUCCCUCAGGUGCAAGAGUUCCGACAGCGCAUGACUGAUCUGGGCCUCGCCGUUGUUGAAGAGGGCGAGGAGAUCGGGUACGAUGAUUGGGAGAGUUCGGAUGGCGAUGCACUGGCUGUGAAGUGCUGGUGGUCCGUCUGGGGAUGGAGCGAGCAAGUAUGA